AGAAAGAGAGAGAGAAAGAGGGCAGAGGAAGGCGGGAAAGCAAAGAAGAGGAGAGGAGAGGAGAGGAGAGUAGGAGAAAUCGGGAAUGGGGGUGAACGAGAGAUACACACAAUGGAAGACUUUGGUCCCUGUCCUCUACGAUUGGCUCGCUAAUCACAACCUCGUCUGGCCCUCUCUUUCUUGCCGAUGGGGUCCACAGCUUGAGCAAGCUACUUACAAGAAUCGUCAGCGCUUGUACCUCUCUGAACAGACAGAUGGCAGUGUUCCAAAUACUCUGGUCAUUGCUAACUGCGAAGUUGUUAAACCAAGGGUUGCAGCUGCAGAACACAUAUCACAGUUCAAUGAGGAAGCGCGCUCUCCCUUUGUAAAGAAGUACAAAACUAUCAUACACCCUGGCGAGGUGAACAGAAUCAGGGAACUCCCACAGAACACCAACAUUGUGGCUACACACACCGAUAGUCCUGAUGUUCUCAUUUGGGAUGUUGAUUCUCAACCUAAUCGUCAUGCUGUCCUGGGAGCUACAGAGUCUUGUCCGGAUCUGAUAUUGACUGGCCAUAAAGACGAUGCUGAAUUCGCUCUUGCUAUGUGUCCAACUGAGCCCUUUGUGCUCUCUGGAGGUAAGGACAAGUUGGUGGUCUUGUGGAGUAUUCAGGACCAUAUUUCAACUUUGGCGGCAGAGCCAGGGUUGUCAAAAUCUCCUGGAUCUGGUAGCUUCCCUAAUAAAUCCGCCUCUAAGGCAGGUGGAGGUAAUGACAAACGUACAAAGAGUCCUUCCAUUGGACCACGGGAUGUCUACCAAGGGCAUACAGAUACUGUUGAAGAUGUUCAAUUCUGCCCAUCAAGUGCACAGGAGUUUUGCAGUGUGGGUGAUGAUUCUUGCCUUGUAUUAUGGGAUGCAAGAGCUGGCUGUACUCCAGUUGUCAAGGUUGAGAAAGCUCACAAUGCUGAUCUUCAUUGUGUUGAUUGGAAUCCUCAUGAUGUGAAUCUCAUUCUGACAGGGUCUGCUGAUAAUUCUGUUCACAUGUUUGAUCGUCGGAACCUCAAUCUUGGAGGGGUAGGAGCACCUGUUCACAAGUUUGAGGGUCAUAAUGCUGCGGUCCUCUGUGUACAGUGGUCUCCAGAUAAAUCGUCUGUCUUUGGCACUUCUGCAGAGGAUGGCAUUCUAAAUAUAUGGGAUUACGAAAAGAUUGGUAAAAAACAAGACUUUACUGGGCUGAAAGUGCCAACUGCUCCUCCUGGAUUAUUUUUCCGGCAUGCUGGCCAUCGGGAUAAGGUUGUUGACUUCCACUGGAAUGCAUCCGAUCCAUGGACAAUUGUCAGUGUGUCUGACGAUGGUGAAAGUACAGGAGGAGGUGGCACUCUACAGAUAUGGCGAAUGAUUGAUUUGAUUCACAGGGCCGAGGAGGAUGUCUUGGUUGAGCUUGAGAAUUUCAAAUCUCACAUCCUCGCAUGUGAAAGAAGUCAGGGCUCCUAGUUUUUUCCCUUUUCUGUUUUUCCUGAACAGUGUUAAUCAAAGACUCGUAUUAACAUAGCCCCUCCUUCGCCCUCGUCUUGGUUAGUGUAUUCAUUUACUGGGAGAUCUCCUGGAGAACUUCAGAUGUUUUUGAAGGUGGACAUUGGCUAUUGUACAAGUCAUUAACUAGCACCUUUGUGCAGGCUCUUUUGUGUUUGGUUUAAUGGGAUGCGAAGGCCAGAAAGAAGCCCCGCUCUAGGACCAGGUUUUUUUUUUGUUUCAAUGAUUAAAGGAGAUUUUGGAACUGCUCGUUUAUACUACAGUAGCGUUGUCGGCUUGCACAAUGAUGAGAUUAGAUGCUUGUAAUUUCCAAACUUUGUAUUUUGAUAAUUAAUUUUCAUUUUUAUCAUAUUUCU